AUGGCAUCCCACGUCCCAAUGGCCCCUGGUCUUCCUCAGAUGCUCAAGGCAGGCAUGAAGUACUUCAGCGGCUUGCAGGAGACCCUCUUCAGCAACCUGAUGGCUUGCAAGGUGUUAAUGCGCUGUCUGCGCACUUGCUACGGCCCCUUGGGGCACAACAAGCUGGUGGUCAACCACCUGGGCAAGACCUUCCACUCCUCCCACGCCGCCACCAUUCUGAGGGAGCUGGAACUGGAGAACCCUGUGGCAUAUCUCUUGCGCUCAGCCGCUGAAACGCAAGAGGAAGAAACAGGAGACGGCACGAAUUUUGUGGUCCUCCUGGCUGGAGCCCUGCUGGAGAACGCCGAGAAGCUGCUGCGGUCAGGGCUCCCGGUUGUCCACAUUCGAGCUGGCUAUGACAUGGCUUGCAAAGAAGUUCUCCGGCUGUUGCCCGGCCUUGUCUGCUUCACGCUGAAAAACCCCCAUAACCUGGAGGAGGUGCAGUGGGUAUUGCAGACCAUCAUGGGCAGCAAAAUCUUUGGCUGCCAGAAGUUCUUGUCCAGGCUGGUGGCCACGGCCUGCAUCUCGGUGCUGCCUCGAGACCACUCAGCCUUCAACCCAGAUCUCAUCCAUGUCUUCAAAGUCCCUGGGGGUGGCAUCUUGGAUUCCCACGUCCUGGAGGGGAUGAUCAUCUCCACGGAGCCAGAGGGGAUCAUCAAGCGAGUAGAAGGAGCCCGUGUUGCGGCCUACUGUUGUCCUUUUGGCCUCUCCAGAUUGCAAGCAAAGAACACGGUCGUGUUUGAAAGAGCUGCCGAGCUGAAAAACUUUAGCAGAGCGGAAGAGAAUCUAAUAGUCCAGCAAGUCCUGGGUCUUGCUAAAGCUGGUGUCAACGUCUUGGUGGUAGGAGGAAAGGUCGACGAAUGGGCCCUCUUCCAUGCUGACAGGUACAAGAUAAUGGUGGUGCGGCUGACCUCCCGGGUGGAGCUGCAGCGCCUUUGCAAAACGGUGGGUGCCACCGUGCUCCUCAAGGCCAGCCUGCCAUCGCCCGAGGACAUUGGGCACUGCUACCGUGUCUACACCACGGAGAUUGGCAGCACCACCGUGGUGGUCUUCAGUCAACAUGGCACCACUUGUCCUUUGGCCACCGUUGUGCUCCGAGGGGCCACCAGCGCGAUGCUGCAUUGUCUGGAGGAAGCCAUCCGAGAUGGGGUGCAUGCUUACAAGGCCUUGGGCACCGAUGCACGGCUCUUGCCAGGGGCCGGGGCCACUGAGAUGGCCCUCUCGGUGCGCCUGAGCACUCUGGGGAUGUACUACCCCGGAUCCGAGCAGUACGGCAUCUUGGAGUUCUCCCAAGCUUUGAAAAGUCUCCCGGCCACCCUGGCGGAUAAUUCAGGCCUUCCAGUCAAUGAGGUAAUGGCCAAGAUGGAAGUGCAGCACCAACUGGGCCUGCAGAACACAGGUAUCAUGCUGGGCGUGGAGGAGGCCGCCACCAUGGACGCCACCAAGGAAGGUGUGCUAGAUCCGUUCCUGGUGAAGUGCCGAGGCAUUCUCCUGGCCACUCAGAUAGCAGUGACGCUGCUGGGGGUCAACGAGGUCAUGGUUGCGAAGAAGAGUGGGGGUCCCAAACCACGGGGAGAAAACCCCAACUGGGACCAAGAGCCAGACGCCCUGGACUGA